CGGCUUUCUCACCCCUUCAGCAUUAUUCACGGCUGUGGGGAAUUCUCCAUAAACACCGAUCAUCCAGCCCGAUACCAAGACCACGAUGCAUGUUGGUUCUCCAGCUUCAGGUGAUUCUGCACCGACAAAUCCCCUCCGCAAGCAGGGUGCACGGCCAGGAAACUUCAACACCUUGCUAUCCCCGCGUUGAGUCUUGACCAACAUACCCCCAGCUCAAGAGUUUCCAUUUGUCACAAGCUCCAUCUCGAGAACUUGGGGAAGUGGACGAUAUCAACGGAUAAUUGCAUCUCGCGUGCCAUGGGCAUGGGGCUCGACCAUCCCCACCUCUUCCAAGUGAUUUCGUGAGAGAUAUGUCAUAUCGGCAUUACCAAAACACAUGCCAGAACAUGGCUCCCAUUGCACCAUCUCCGCCUCAAGCAGGGCCUUCAUCAUCCCCAAGUGAAAUUGGAAAUUCAAGGCCUGUGGCAUGUGCCAAUUGCCGACAAAGACGAUCCUACUGCUCGAAAGAGAAGCCUACCUGUUCACGAUGUCGUGACAGCGGCCUGAGCUGUACAUAUGAGACGAGUGUAAAAAUCACCGUCACAGAGACCUAUCUUCGAGAACUCGAAGCUAAGGCCAAAGCUUAUGAUGACUCGCUUCUCCGGCAGUCUCAGCUACCAGCUCCGAUCCCUGGAAAAGUCCCUGCCCACCGCAUCUCAGCCGAAGAGCAUGAAGAAGGAUUUGAAGAUGAACAUCCCUUACUUGAGCCGUUCAAUCAGAUGAGCGUUCAUAAACCCUCGACAAGCUUCAAGGGCCCUGGCAAUUCGGACAAUUUUCUACGGAGUGUGAGAAAUCUAUCAGGUUUCUACGGUGACGACGGCAGCCUGGACGCCAACACAAAUUUUUACGAGCCAAGUGCCUUGCCUUCAAGACGUGAAAAGGCGAGGACACAAGUUCGACUCCCACCAAUAGACAUUGCCCGGCGGCUAUUUGCCGCACAGUACACCUACAUAGGGACGAUCUUUGCCUUUACGGACCCCAAGGCCAGCUUCGAUCAAUUACUCAUCGAGGCGUACCGAGGCCCUCCUGAUCCCUCUGAUAGAGAAGCAUGUCUGUCAUACGCAAAGGUCCUCAUCAUUUUGGCUUUCGGUCAACUCUACUCUGUCAAUCAAUGGGUCGAUUUCAGGGGCCCGCCAGGCUUCGAAUACUUCACCCAUGCUCUGAACCUCUUGCCCGAUACCCAUGAAGAAGGAUCCUUGUUGUGCGUAGAAACGCUGGCUCUCAUCGGCUACUUCAUGCAAAACAUGAACCGUCGUGAUGCUGCGUUCUUAUAUACCGGUAUGGCUCUUCGCAUGGCCAUCUCGCUCGGGCUGCAUCAUGAGAUCGGAUUCAGUGCGGCACCACAUGCUUUACAGGGUCAGGAUAACGACCCGACCGCCUUGGAUGAUGCAACGCGCGAACAUCGUCGCCGGGUGUGGUGGUCUGUUUAUAGUCUGGAUCGUAUCCUAUCGGUCAAAUCGGGAAAUCCCAUCACCAUCCAGGACGAGGACAUCGGUGUCGAUCUGCCUGCAAGACUACCCACAGAAGCAGAAUACUGCCCCGCAGUGGUGCUUCGACAUUACACCGAACUCUCACGGAUUCUCGGUGAAAUUCACAAUGCCAUCUAUCGCAAGACCAGCAAGACAGCGCCUAAAUCCGGAAAACGCCUGAUGGCAUCGGUUCAGGGCAUCGUUCUCAGCCUGUCCAAGUGGAACAGCAACUUACCAGAUGAGCUUCGAUUUGACCCUGCUCGGCUUAGCAUUAGCCGCGAGAGCGUUAGCACAUUUGCGCAUUACUAUCAAUGCAUCAACAUGACUGCGCGGCCUUUGCUCUUCCACGUUGUGCAGAAGCGACUGCAGAAAAUUCGCGCCAGCAGCGAUGCAGGGGAGAAAGAGCGAGGCUGGAAAGAGGGAUUGUCCCAAACGACUGUCAGGGUUAUCGACAUGUGCAUCGGUGCGGCGCAGGACACCAUCAACAUAAUGACCGUAGCUGCACAGAGAGAUCUUGUUGCAACGUACGGGUAUAUGGACGGAGAACACGUCUUCUCAGCAUCCAUCGUCCUCGUCAUGGUCUGCGUCGCCUUCCCGACAGACCCGUCCAGCAUCAUGGCGAUGAACGCCGGCCUCGAUCUCCUCCGAGGCAUGGGCGAGCGAGGCAACAGCUACAUGGGCGCCCGCUACGAGCUUCUCGCCAACCUUCGCUCGGCUGUCAUGUCCGGAACAAACGCCCACGCCGAACCUCUGCCUCCGUUCCCGACAAGCUUCUCUCCGACAGAAUCGCUAGUGCCAGCAGGAGGGGGUCUCAUUUCGAGUGCGCAACCGACUAGUAGUAGUAGUGUACUGCCCAUGACUAUGGGUGACGCUCAAGGAGGAGGCCUGAUGGCGAUGCAAGCUGUGGCGGGUCAUCAGCGGGUGACGUUCCCCGUCGUCGACAACAGCUCCCUAGGCGAACCCUUUUUCGAUGAGAGUGUGAGUACGGUGAUGGACUUUGGGCUCUGGGAAGAAGGCUUUGCCGACCCGGCGAUGGACGCGAGCUUUGACUUUACGCAAUGGACUCACGCGGCUGGCAUGACUCAGACUGAUGAUAGGAUGGAUGUGUGAAGGAGAACUAUGGUAUCUACAUGUAUAUCUUACUGCUAUGAUUUGAUGAUAAUGCAAAGCUUUGGAUCUUUUCACCUCAACUAUGAUAAUCUGUCCUUGGCCCGAGUCCUUGUUUGUGGAUACCGGCUUAUCUUGCUUUAACCACGGAAUCUGCCCAUUUCGCGGCUUGUCUGAAGGGGAUCUGCAGGGCUACCAGGGGCGGAGGGGCUGAUAUGUACCAAGGGAUCAAACUCAAAUGGGUUAAAUCCCGAAAGCUUCGGACAACGCGCCCGGAGGCAUCA